GUGAAGGUUGUGGAUGAACGGAGGUAUCGGAAAGUGUUUGAAGAUAUUGUACGCAUUAUGGACAGGAUGGAAAAUGACUUCCUUCCUUCCUUAGAACUCAGCAGGAGGGAGUUUGUGUUUGAGAAUGUGAAGUUUCGGCAACUACAAAAGGAGAAGUUCCAGAUCAGCAACAAUGGACAGGUUCCCUGCCAUUUUUCUUUCAUCCCUAAACUUAAUGACAGCCAGUACUGCAAGCCAUGGCUUCGGGCUGAACCUUUUGAGGGCUACUUGGAGCCAAAUGAGACAGUGGACAUUUCCCUUGAUGUGUAUGUCAGCAAAGACUCUGUGACCAUCCUGAAUUCAGGGGAAGAUAAGAUUGAAGAUAUUCUAGUCCUUCACCUGGAUCGAGGCAAAGAUUACUUCUUGACCAUUAGUGGAAAUUACCUCCCAAGUUGUUUUGGUACAUCCUUAGAGGCUUUGUGCCGAAUGAAAAGACCAAUCAGAGAAGUUCCUGUCACCAAACUCAUAGACUUGGAAGAAGACAGCUUCCUAGAAAAGGAGAAAUCCCUUCUGCAGAUGGUUCCCUUGGAUGAAGGUGCCAGUGAGAGACCCCUUCAGGUCCCCAAGGAGAUCUGGCUUCUGGUAGAUCACUUAUUCAAGUACGCCUGUCACCAGGAGGACCUGUUCCAAACCCCUGGAAUGCAGGAGGAGUUACAGCAGAUCAUUGAUUGUCUGGAUACUAGCAUUCCUGAGACAAUCCCUGGCAGUAAUCACUCUGUGGCUGAAGCACUGCUCAUUUUCCUGGAAGCCCUGCCAGAGCCCGUCAUCUGUUAUGAGCUGUAUCAGCGAUGCCUUGACUCUGCUCAGGAUCCCCAGAACUGCCGACAGGUGAUUUCCCAGCUUCCAAGAUGCCAUAGAAAUGUUUUCCAUUACUUGAUGGCAUUCCUUCGAGAACUCUUAAAAUUCUCUAAAUACAACAAUGUCAGCGAAAACAUGAUUGCCACUCUUUUCACUAGUCUUCUCCUAAGGCCUCCACCCAACCUUAUGGCAAGACAGACUCCAAGUGACCGUCAGCGUGCUAUCCAGUUCCUUCUGGGGUUUCUUGAGAGCGAUGAAGACUAAUGAGCCUUUUCUUCUUACUACUCUCUGAGAUUCUAGAGGUGGAAGAUCUUGGGCACCAAGUAUUUCAGAAUGAUUUGAAAAGUCAUGCCACAGGAAGGGUCUGUUGCAGAAUUUUGAGGCUGUUGGCAUGAAAAGGUUGUUUCUAGUGCAAGAGGAAGAGAGUUUCCUAAUCCCUCCCUUACCAUAUCCUACACAGCAAAAUACUUUUAGACUUAUAUUGCCAAGCCAAAGGUACCAUAUUUUGGUGUUUUUGUGUUCUCUCUUUAUGAGGCAAAGAGAUCUGUAUUUACACUCCUUUACCUGGGGAUGUGUUCGUUGCCCUCCUGCCCAGCUAUCAUGAUUGUCCUUAGCACCCUAGGCCUAGAUUCUGAGAUGUUCCUGUUCUAGGUCUACAAGCACUACGUGCUCUAGCUCCGACUUGUCUGUAGUCCUUUGUCUAAAGCACUUUUGCCUGACCCCCUCCCAUAUCACCCUUUUGCACUCCACUCCAUUAGUUCUAUUACGUCGAAGGAAGUCUGAGUGAAGCUAGCGACUCCUCGGAUGUCCCCAGCAGUGAGUUAACCAUGUACAUGUGGUUGUGACAUGCAUUUGUGCAUUUCUACUACGGUGGCAUCUGUAUGUCUGUAACAUUGGCCUUUUCCUGGAUCUGCACUGGGUGGAACCAUAUUCUCUUGUCUCAGACCACAUUUACUAGCAGAACUUUAGGCUAGAGAUGACAUCCCAUUGAUGUGAGAGAAUCACCAUCAGAGUGGAAGCACUUUGAGCAUUUCAGAAGUGAGAAUAUUCAUGUUUGACAGUUCCUGCUUUCUACCAUCCCUUUCUGUUCUUAAUCAAAUUUUACAUGAGAAUUAAUCCUGGUUGUCUGGGGGACCCAUUCCCCACUUAGAAAUCCACCUCCAGAGCAAUGCUUGCAUUGCAGUCAAAAAGGCAGGCUGGACCUCAAGUGGGCCUCUCUGGUGGUACUGCUCCUCCCCCCAGCAGGGUAUUAUGGAUAACCCUUGGAACCCCCUCUCUGGUCUCCUGAAAUACCGGGGGGCAGAUGUUGCCCCCUCCCUCAUCAGGCUGGCUCUGGGCUUUACGACCAGCUCCCCAUGGCUCCUAGUCACCUUAUCGAGUGUUACGGAAAAGAGACUAUGCAGUGGGCCCAACGAAGCCCCUUUCUCUCCCACCCAAGACAACCCUCUGAGCUUUUCAUUUACUCAAGCUCUGUGGGGCAGCAUUCUUUUUUUUUUUUUUUUUAAUUAUUCUGUGUUGGUGGGCAAAUCAGCUACCAGCCACUGACUGCAAAACUGCCUGAUGCAGUUGGCUUCUUCCUGGAUUUCUUUCAUUAAAACCACCCUGAGUCAACUCAUUCUUGACUGUUAACAUUAAAUCCAAGGAGCCUAAUGUACGGACUCUGUGUCUUGUCUUGGGCAUUGACUCCUGACUCUUCUAGCACAUUGAAGGAGAGAGCCAGGGGAAACACCACUGCUGAAUGGUUCCUCAGUUCCCCCCAUCUCUCGUAAGUUGAGUUCUGUGGGGGAAGAAAAGGUAUGUAUCCUGUGAUAUUCUG